UCAAGCAGAAACUCAUGACACAUUUUCAAGAUGGCGGAUGUAGUUGAGUCUGUGUUGCAAUAUUUAGAAAAAGCAGAUUCUGUUGAUUCGGUGGACCUUGCCAACCAUUUAAAUGUUGAUCAUCAAAAAGUUGUUGGUGCAAUCAAAAGUAUUCAGUCCCUUGGCGAGGUUAUAAAUGCAGAACAGAAGGUGAACAAGAGUUUGGAGCUGACAGACGAAGGUAAAGAAGUUGUUGAACAUGGAAGUCAUGAGGCCAGAGUGUUCAAGGCUGUACCAGAGCAGGGAAUUGCACAAAACGAGCUCAUGGAAACUGGGCCUUAUGCAAAGAUUGGCUUCAGCAAGGCGAUGCAAGCAGGCUGGAUAACAAUGGACAAGUCAGCAGAAGGAGGACCUAAAAUACUUAAAAAGGUUGAUAGUAUAACAGACAAGGUGCAGGAGUGUCUUCAGCUGAUCAGGGACCUCAGGCUCGAUGGUAUUUCUGAGAAAGACACCAAUGACUUCAAGAAGAGAAAACUGGUGCAAGAAGUGAAAUUUACAAGCUAUGUGAUAUCAAAGGGUUCCAAUUUUUCAAGCUCAGUAUCAAAACAAGAAGUAGAGUUAACACCAGAAAUGAUUUCAAAAGGAACUUGGAAGGAGAAAUCGUUCAAGGAAUAUAACUUCAACUCUCUUGGAGUUAUGCCCCCUUGUGGACAUUUACACCCACUGCUCAAAGUGAGGGCAGAGUAUAGACAAAUAUUCUUGGAAAUGGGGUUCACUGAGAUGCCAACCAAUAACUUCAUAGAGAGCAGUUUCUGGAAUUUCGACUCACUGUUUCAGCCCCAGCAGCAUCCUGCGAGAGACGCACACGACACUUUCUUCAUUUCAGACCCUGCUAAUGCACAUGAGUUCCCUAUGGAGUAUCUAGAGAAAGUCAGACAGGUUCACUCAAAAGGAGGAUACGGUUCACAGGGCUAUGGCUAUGACUGGUCAUUAGAUGAAGCAAAGAAGAACCUGUUGCGAACACAUACAACUGCUGUCACAGCUAGAAUGCUAUACAAGGCUGCUCAACAGAAACCGUUCAAGCCAGUGAAGUAUUUUUCUAUUGACCGUGUGUUCAGGAAUGAGAACCUUGACGACACCCACCUCGCGGAGUUCCACCAGAUAGAGGGUGUUGUGGCUGACUAUGGCCUCACCCUUGGGGAUCUUAUAGGCACUAUCAAUGCCUUCUUCAUGAAACUGGGUAUCAAGAACAUCAAGUUCAAGCCAGCCUAUAACCCAUACACCGAGCCCAGCAUGGAGGUGUUCAGCUACCAUGAGGGUUUGAAUAAGUUAGUUGAGAUUGGAAACUCUGGCAUAUUCCGACCAGAGAUGUUGCUACCCAUGGGUCUACCAGAAGGUGUCACAGCAAUUGCAUGGGGUCUGUCUUUAGAGCGGCCGACGAUGAUCAAGUACAAGGUGAGCAACAUCCGUGACCUGAUAGGCCCCAAGGUGGAUCUCCAGAUGGUGUAUGAUAACCCUGUGUGCAGGCUGGACAAGUGAGGCAGGACAAAGCAGCCAUUCUGCCCUUUCAAACCCUCGAGUCACAUCAGCCAGGGGCCAUACUCCAGAUGAAGAAACUUGAAUUCUUGUGUCCAACGUUUAAACUUAUGGAAUUAACAUUCAUUGGUGAAUAUAUUAUUGCAUGGAACUUGGCAAAGUAUUUUAAUCUACUUUUCAGACAUAAUGAAACAUUGGGAAAUAUAUAAUAUCUAAAUAACAGCGUUCUCAGUUGUCAAAUAUACUGUCUUGAUCCAUUAUCAAUGAUAGGCAACGAUCGUAAUAUUACAUCUUUUCCAAUUGUCUGUAUGUCUUUUCUAAAUAUUCUUUGUAUUACCCAAAGGCUGUUUGGAUUAGAUAUAGAAACCUGUCAAACAAUUGAUAUUGUUUUGUUUUUCAUAUCUCCUUUUGGGUACGAUAUGCAUGUUGUGUUCUCACAUUUUCAUUGUUUGAUGGUGGACUAAACUCAAGCCAUCGCAUAAUAUUAUAUAUAAAUUCAAGUUUUCAAACAAAGUUGUUCGCAAACAAGGCCUUUUUAGUAAGGUAGCAUGCAUUAUGUACCCUAUGUUGUUUUUGAACACUAUCAAUUUCAAUAUACCAACUUCAGUUGUAGGUGAGCUGGUCUCUAGGACAACCAGGCUUGCAUGUGCGUAGUAGUGUCACGGAUUGGCUUGUUAAGUCUGAUCAGGCUAAUCAGGGAUGAGACUUUCUGCUUUUAUGGAUUUUUUCGUAUGGAAGAAGUCUGCCUCAAACAAAUAUCCAGAAUAGUUGGAAAGUAUUGUUCUUGAUUAGCAUGUGCGGACUGCGUAGGCUAAUCUGGGACAAUUCUUUACAAAUGUUCAUUUAGCCUGAUUUCCACAGACAAUGGCUCAUAAUUUUGUCUAUGUUAUGCAACUUUCUAGUGCUUUUUUUGUCAAACUAGAACUUUUGUGUCAUGGUUGUCAUUGUUUAUUUAUUGAAGCAAGUUUAGGUUCUAUGAAACAUCUCAUUUAUAUGAAUAAAGAAAAAAAAUU